CUGCACAGCUGUGGAGGGCUCGAAGUACGUGCAGACAGUACGAAAUGUUGUUCGCAUUAACGCGCCAUGUCGUCAUGGCAGAUUGGUGUAUAUACACAGUCGAUGGUAGCGUUGAGCUUCGAUUAUUACUACCCAGCUCCUACACCAACUAGCAUCACCACUCCAAACUCUAAUCACAAUGGUUCUCGCGCGACACAUCGAUCCCGAUGAGCUCAUCGAGACCCUGAAGGAUCACCCUCUUCACAAGGCUGGUGCUCACAAGCGAGGAGUCAGCCAUACCACCCCAUAUUCAUCAAGAUAUGCCGCGAGUGUUGAGUUGUCGAAAUACAAGAUUCCUCAGGAUGGUGCGCCAGCAGACACCGUCCACCAGCUGCUCAAGGAUGAGCUGGACCUCGAUGGCCGUCCCAGUUUGAACCUGGCCUCAUUUGUUGGAACAUACAUGGAGCGCGAAGCCGAAGCCCUCAUGAUUGAGAACAUCUCAAAGAACAUGUCAGAUGCUGACGAGUACCCUGCAAUGAUGGACAUGCACGCACGUUGUAUCUCAAUCCUUGCUCACCUCUGGGGCGUUCAGAAGGGUGAGAAGGCCAUUGGUUCUGCCACAACAGGCUCCAGUGAGGCUAUCCACCUCGGUGGACUGGCCAUGAAGAGGCGCUGGCAGGAGAAACGUAUGGCCGCAGGCAAGGAUACAUCGAAGCCUAAUAUCAUCAUGGGUGCCAACGCUCAGGUUGCUCUUGAGAAGUUUGCCCGCUACUUUGAGGUUGAGGCCCGGAUUCUGCCUGUGUCCGAGAACUCGUCGUACCGCUUGGACCCUGAGCUGGUGAAGAAGAACAUCGACGAGAACACAAUCGGCAUCUUUGUGAUUCUUGGUAGCACGUACACGGGCCACUACGAGCCCGUUGAGGAGAUCCACGACAUCCUCGAUGCUUACGAGAAGGAGACCGGCAACGACAUUCCUAUCCACGUGGAUGCAGCGUCUGGCGGUUUCAUCGCACCUUUCACCCAUGCUAAGGCUGGCAAGAAGUGGAACUUCGAGCUGCCUCGCGUGAAGUCGAUAAACACUAGUGGCCACAAGUUCGGAUUAGUCUACGCAGGUGUUGGCUGGAUCAUUUGGAGAGACGAAAGCUACCUGCCGAAGCACUUGGUUUUCGAGCUGCAUUACCUUGGUGGCACAGAAGAGUCGUACACACUCAACUUCUCUCGGCCCGGAGCGCAGAUCAUUGCACAGUAUUAUAACCUGAUCCACCUGGGGUUCAAUGGAUUCCGCAGCAUCAUGGAGAACACACUCGCCAAUGCGCGCUUGUUGAGCAGGGCGCUGGAGCACACCGGCUGGUUCCGCUGUGUCAGUGAUAUCCACCGCAAGAAGGGUGACCUCAAGUUUGAAAAGGGGAAGCCACAGUACGACGAGGGCGAGAACAGCGCAGCCUACAACGCCGGUCUUCCUGUCGUUGCGUUCACCCUCACAGACGACUUUAAGAAGGCCUAUCCCCACGUGAAGCAGGAGUCUGUCAGCAAUCUGCUACGCGCUAAGCAAUACAUCAUCCCGAACUACCCUCUUCCUCCGAGCGAGGAGAAGACCGAGAUUUUGCGGGUCGUCGUACGCGAGAGUUUGUCUUUGGAUAUGAUUGAUCGACUGAUAACAGAUAUUUGCCAAGUCAUGGAGCAGUUGCAGAACACGAGUGCGACCGAUCUGGCAGCCUGGCAAUCGUCGAACCCCAGCGCCGAGAAGACGCAUGCAUCCCUUGGACACCGAGCUCACAACAGGCACAAAGCGAAGAGGCCUAUGCACGAGGGCGUGCACCGAUCUGUGUGUUAGUAUAUUUAGUCGCCAGAUACAAGCGAUCAGGUAGGGAUUAGGGAUGUAACCAAUGUAAACCACAUUCGGAAGCUCGUACCCGC